GGCUUUGUGUUCCUAUUUAGCGCGUUUUUGAGGGGUGUUGCUUCUAGAUAGUGACUCAUCAUAAGCCUUUUUCCCCCUUUAAUGGAUCGCUUUAUUGAAAUUUUUCUGACCUAUGAUGAUUUAGAAUGUGGUGGCGCAUCGGACGCCCUUGUUGAGCAUCUCCAGCGUGACACUGCGCCAUUUGCAGGUCACUGUAGGCUUUCCGUGAGACCACUGCCGAUAUACGAUCAGGAUUCUCAUCAAGUUACUCUUAGGAAUGCACUGGAAGAAGCUUCCCGUGAAGGUAUUCAUAGCAUAAUUGUCUUUUCCCUUUUAAAAGGAGAUCUGCCCGAGGAAUAUCUUGGCAUUAAGAAUCUAUGCAGAACUACCAAGUGGCCUGUUAUUCGAUGCGAGGUCUUAACUCAUCUAGAGAAUUACUCUGAUGUGGGACUCAGCAUUCAAAAUCUUGUUCGUUUAGUAAUACACGAUAUAUUAACAAAAUAUCCAGAUGAAUUGCAAGAGUUAUGAUAUUACGACUGAAAUUGCUGAGAGAUUCUAAGGUUUGAAUUAAUUCUCUGAAUAUUGUCAACAUGCAGUACAUCUCCAAAUGUGGUAUCUAGAAUUAGGCGUUUGUUGAGGCCAUAGGGGAAUGUGGCAUACUAAUGCGGGGAAAUUAUUGGAUGAAGCCUCAUUCGUGGAAACUCAGGUCUACUUUAGUUGUUAUGCUCAUUUGCCGUCUUUGAUUUUUGCGGUUAUGCAUGUUGCGUUCUUAAAAAUGUCUAUCUUCGAUAUUUGAGAGU